AUGAUCCAGUCGUCUAAAGAGCGAAAGAAACAUAGAGGGACGUUGGCACGUGGUCGAUCCUGUUUAUACUGCCGUCAACAAAGCUGCCCCGGGACUCACAACUGCGCGGGUCGUUUGCAUCCCAAACAGCCACUUCGGCGAGGGCAGUCCCAGAAGGUGGGUGAAGCAGCACAGCAACGGCAGUGGGGAGGGUGGCUAGAGCGAACGAGACGAGUUAUAGAAGAGAGCAUGCAACCUCAGGCCUCUACUUUGGAUCGGAAACUGAAACUGUUGCGCAUGCGGCGCAUAAAGCCUGGUAAUGGCUCGUUCAUCUGCACGGGAAAUCGGACAGGUGAAUCUCAGCCCCAUGCCACGGACGGUGGUGAGCGCGCCGCCGGACACCGAGCGGAGAGCACGGGGACCUUAACCACGGGUCAGGGAGCAUCAACGAUGACCGGCAUGGCCAGUUCACUCGCCCCCUCCUUGACACCAACUCAGGAAUCCGCCCUGUUGUCAAAAAUAGAAAGUCUAGAAAAUAUAGUAAAGGAGCUCGCGUUACAGAACACGACGCAGUACCAGGCGAUAUCGGAAUUAAAAUCGUCAUUGGAGCAUUGCAACAGCCCCCCAAAGCAGGUGACCUCACUGUCACAACCGGGAGCAGAGCCUUCAGGGGGAAUCACCUCUCUACUACCUACAAGAGAAUGUGGAGUGCACGCGCCCCUUGCAAUGGACGACAUCUCGCGGUCGGGGACCUUCUCUACGAGUUAUAGUGGGAAGAGGGAGAUAAUCUCGCAGGCUGCGAAGGGAAUUGUAUCAGUGCAGCCUUACGAGAGCUUGGGUCACGAUGCCCCUCCGUCGCUCGACUUUUCCGAUGCAGCUAACAAGGUCGGAAAGGGUGGCUACCCCGCCCAAGAAAGUUCACUUCAGAAAAUUUUUGAUUCCACCAGUGAUAAUUUGGCUGACGAAACAUUGCAGUUACGAAAGCAGCUGCGAGCGGCGGAACGGAAGGUUUUAGCAUGGGAAAGGUGGUACGUGCGUCAAAAGCAGCAGGCUGAUGAAAAAAUGAAGCCGCUAACGCCGUCCAGGAGACCAACGAAGGAAGAGCCACCAACGUUUGGUCCCGAUGCUCAUCGCGGGGAGGGACGCACUGUUUCGGAAGCGGAGCGGGGUCCAAAGCAACAGGAACAGCCGCGGGUGCUAUUUCGGGCAAUGCCUGUUGGAGGGCUUACGAGUCGGUUGAAGCGUGGUAAUGAGACGCGUGACGGCGCUAUGAACCUGAACGCGGGCGCGGGUAACACGCUGGCACUCGAUGCUUACACAUUGUUGGCCCGCGAGGCCGCCUGGAGGGAAGUAGCAGCCGACGAGAGGGCAUCUUUUUUAGAAACUUUUGCCAAUGCAGGUCACGACGCCGUGUAG